AUGGCAUUGGAAAAUAACAAAUCAAAUUUUCACAUGAAUGCUCUUCAAGGAGUAAUUCAUAACAUUCAAUUCAAUGGCUUAACUCCCACUUCGCAAUCAGUAAUGGAUGGACAAAUGGAAGCAGCCUUAUUUUCCAUUGAAUCAGGUCUUUACGGUGUAUGGAGGUCAAAUAGAAAAGAUGAAAAAUUUGGAACUAUUCAAGAUUGUUCAAGGAUUGGUCCGAAUUCUACAUGUUUUUGUGGUCAUUCCCUCAAGGAACAUUUCAAAAAGGGGCACAACUAUAAGGUAGAUCAAUGUUUAUCAUGUAAGGAAUGUAAACGAUUCGAAUUUAUUCCUACAACUCCUGAGGAAAUUGGAGAAGUUUGGCUUGUGAGAAGAAGUAACUGUAAGUAA